GGAAAGAGUUCCUGGCUGCCUGUUUGUAUCCCUGAGUCACCACAGACCCCCACCCCCCAACAUGGGAUGUUAACCUUGGAGCAAUAUGGAGAUUAGCUGCAGAGCUGAAGCAGAGUCCCAAAGGGGCUUCAGUUCUGCAGAAUCUACACAGCCUACUUUACCAUACAUUGGCCAGACGCUAGCGCUCGGGACGUCCGAGCUGACAACUGGAAUCCCUCAAGGAGUCACUCAGGAGCAAGCUGUGACCAGUCGGAGGGAGUGACACAUCUGCGCUCAGUUCCUCCCUCCUCACCAUCCUCACCUCCCUCUCACGUGCUUGCGGGCCGUUGGGCAGAAGUGAGCCCCGUGGCUCUGCCAAAGACAAGCCUGUUGGGUUUACAGAAGGGAAAAAAAAAAAAACAAAAAACCAACAAAACCAAAAACCCAAACAAACCUCAGGCAAAGUCACGGCAUUGAAAUCGUUACCCUGAAGAAACUGCGUGGAGAAGCGUGCAAAGAUGAAUGGCCCAGUGGAUGGCUUGUGUGACCAUUCUCUAAGUGAAGAAGGAGCGUUCAUGUUCACAUCGGAGUCGGUCGGAGAGGGACACCCGGACAAGAUCUGUGACCAGAUCAGUGAUGCCGUGCUGGAUGCCCAUCUGAAGCAGGACCCCAAUGCCAAGGUGGCCUGUGAGACGGUGUGUAAGACGGGCAUGGUCCUGCUGUGCGGCGAGAUCACCUCCACAGCCACGGUGGACUACCAGCGGGUGGUGAGAGGUGCCAUCAGGCACAUUGGCUACGACGACUCUGCCAAGGGCUUUGACUUCAAGACCUGCAACGUGCUGGUGGCUUUGGAGCAGCAGUCCCCGGAUAUUGCCCAGUGUGUACAUCUGGACAGAAACGAACAGGAUGUCGGGGCCGGAGAUCAGGGUUUGAUGUUCGGCUAUGCCACCGACGAGACGGAAGAGUGCAUGCCCCUCACUAUUAUCCUCGCUCACAAACUCAACGCCCGGAUGGCAGACCUCAGACGCUCUGGGGUCCUCCCCUGGCUGCGACCUGACUCCAAGACUCAGGUGACAGUUCAGUACACCCAGGACAAUGGCGCGGUCAUCCCCGUGCGCAUCCACACCAUCGUCAUCUCUGUACAGCACAACGAGGACAUAACCCUGGAGGACAUGCGCAAGGCUCUGAAGGAGCAGGUGAUCAAGGCCGUGGUGCCCGCCAAGUACCUGGACGAAGACACCAUUUACCACCUGCAGCCCAGCGGGCGGUUUGUCAUUGGCGGUCCCCAGGGGGACGCGGGCGUCACUGGCCGUAAGAUUAUCGUGGACACCUAUGGCGGCUGGGGGGCGCACGGUGGCGGGGCCUUCUCUGGGAAGGACUACACCAAGGUGGACCGCUCGGCGGCGUACGCGGCCCGCUGGGUGGCCAAGUCCCUGGUGAAAGCGGGGCUCUGCCGGAGAGUGCUCGUGCAGGUUUCCUAUGCCAUUGGUGUGGCUGAGCCACUGUCCAUUUCCAUCUUCACCUACGGAACCUCUCAGAAGACAGAGAGAGAGCUGUUAGAUGUGGUCAGUAAGAACUUUGACCUUCGGCCCGGUGUCAUCGUCAGGUAAAAGCACCGCCCACCGCUGCCGGACAGGCCCCUCCUCCUCCCUCACCCAGAGGCUCAGCUCCACUGGAAGCGAGACAGAAGGAAGGACUUUCAGCUUCCCCAAAGCAGGAGGGCCUCCAGGCUCCUGGACCAGCAGGACACACCCCAAAUGCAGGAUGCCUGCUUUCAGGCUGAAGGAGGCUGGCCCAGAGACACUCCAGUGGGGCCAUCUUUGAGCAGGUGGCGGGGGAGGGUCGUAGAAAAGUAAUAGUGAGGCCGAAUGCUGAGAAGUAAGCCAGCAGGUCUAGUCCCAUCUCCCUUUGUUUCUAAUGCCAUCCCUGCUUUCUGGAGCUUGGUGACGUUGUUGGUCUGCGCCAGGCCAGGGGAGUGGAGAGGAGAGGAGAGAGGCACGGUGAGGCCAGAAUUCAAAUUCUGGGUCCUGGGUGUGUUUUUCUGAGCCUGUUUCCUGAGGGCCAGGGACAGUCACCUCAGAAGGGGUGGUGUGGCACAGACAGGGAAGUUUAUGGGAAAUUGCUCUGAGUGGGGACACUCCAUGCAAAGACCGUCGCACUCUGAUAAUCACUACUGGGCUCAAAAUUCAGAGAAACUCGCUCCUUUUCCAUUUAAAAUGACCCUUUCCUCUGCUGACUGUGCAGGGAUUUGGAUUUGAA